CUGGAGAAAAUGGGGAACAGAUCAGUGAAACCCAAGCAUCUGAAGCAGCUAGAUAGACAGGUAGCAAAGCUCUCUAGUGGCUGUGCUGGCAAGGGUAAGUUUUUGAAGGACCCAGCUCUGGGCAUCGGUGUGACCGGGCAAGCUGAUGUUCUUUGCAGCAGGGUGCUUGAGCUGGAAAAGGAGCUGAAGGAAAAAGAUGAAGAGUUACAAGGCAGUGAAUGCCGGGUUGCUGAGCCUCAGAAAGAGCUGGCUAUGCAGACUAAGGUCAUAGCAGAACAUACCCAGGAACUUCAGAGCAAGUGUAUACAGCUGAACAAACUGCAGGAUGUUGUUAACGUGCAGGGAGAGAGCUCUCUUCAGCCUUCUCCAUUUAAAGUGUCUCCAAGGAUUAAAGGCUCUGCUAAUGGGAGGAGAGGUGCAAAGGAAGGUGUAUCUGCAGAACCGACAACUUGGCUGUAUGACCUGAGCAAGCCGGCUAGGUUUUCCUUUGAAAAAGCAAGGGUCAGAAAGGAUUCCAGUGAGAAGCAGCUCAUCACGGAUGCCCUGAAUAAAAAUCAGUUCCUGAUGAGACUGGAGCCUCAGCAGAUCCAAGACAUCGUGGAAUGUAGGUAGGAAAGGACUUAGCAGCAAGGGAGUUACCUCAUCAGCCAGGGAGAGCCAGGCAAUCACAUUUUUGUGCUCGAAGAGGGCAACCUGGAAGUCUUUCGGCAGAAUGAGCUACUCUCCUCAAUACCUGCGUGGACAGCGUUUGGUGAGCUAGCCAUUUUAAACAACUGCACGCGGACUGCCUCUGUGAAAGCAAUCACCAAUGUGAAAACAUGGGCAUUGGACAGAGAAGUGUUUCGAAACAUCAUGAGGGCGACAGCACAAACAAGACAAGAGCAAUACAGAAGCUUCCUUAGAAGUGUGUCCCUGCUGAAAAGCUUACUUGACAAAUUAAGCAAGAGCAUGGACUGCCUGGAGGUGGAGUACUAUGACAAGGGAGAUUGUAUUAUUCGGGAAGGAGAAGAGGGCAGUACCUUCUUUAUCGUAGCAAAAGGAAAGGUGAAAGUUACCCAGAGUACUGCAGGUCACUCACAGCCUCAGCUGACUAAAACUCUACAUAAGGGCGAUUACUUUGGGGAGAAGGCUCUGAUUAGAAGAUCCCUGUGCGUCCGGCUGACCAGAGAGGUCUCUUUGGAGAUGAUGCAGCUGAAGGAGAAAGUAGCCCAGUUCCCUCCUUCCCCAUUCCAGAACUUGGAAGUUGUCACAACUCUGGCCGUUGGUGGGUUCGGAAGGGUUGAGCUUGUUAAAGUGACAAAUGAGAAUGUGGCUUUCACUAUGAAGCGUAUAAAGAAGAAACACGUAGUGGACACCAAACGACAAGAGCAUGUCUACUGUGAAAAGAAAAUCCUCGAAGAGAUAUGCUCUCCUUUCAUUGUGAAACUAUUCCAUACAUUCAAGGAUAGUAAGUGUGCCUACAUGCUACUGGAGGCCUACCUUGGAGAAUUGUGGCGCUUGCUGAGAGACAGAGGCAGCUUUGAGGAACCCACGACGAAGUUCUGUGUUGUGUGUGUGACAGAGGCUUUUGACUAUCUACAUGUGAUAGGAAUUAUCUAUAGAGACCUGAAGCCAGAAAAUUUAAUUUUGGAUGCUGAAGGAUAUAUAACACUGGUUGAUUUUGGAUUUGCAAAGAAGAUUGGAGCAGGGCAGAAAACGUGGACGUUUUGUGGAACCCCUGAGUAUGUUGCGCCUGAAGUCAUUCUGAGUAAAGGCCGUGACUUCAGUGUGGAUUUUUGGUCCCUUGGGAUUCUUGUGUAUGAACUCCUCACCGGCAGUCCACCGUUCUCUGGGGCUGAUGAAAUGAUGAGCUAGAAUUUGAUUCUCAAAGGCAUUGAAAAACUGGAUUUUCCUAAAAUAAUAACAAGGCAGCCCGAGGAUUUGACCCACAGACUCUGCAGGCAAAACCCUACAGAAAGAUUGGGCAAUCUGAGGAAUGGAAUUAAUGACAUCAGGAAGCACAGGUGGUUGAAUGGUUUUAACUGGGAUGGUCUGCAAGUGAGGAAGUUAACAUCACCUUUGAAAAGAGAGCUGUCUGGACCCACUGAUUACAGCUACUUUGACUGCUAUGCACCUGAAGAGGGAACCCCUCCGGAUGAACUUUCAGGCUGGGACAAGGAUUUCUGAGGUUUUUUCUUCCAGGACAUCUAUAGAGAAUCCUAGGCAUCAGUUCCAGACCUGUCCUUGAGUAAAGUCCACAAAGUUUUGUGACCAACGUGACGUUCCCCGAAGAACAGAAGACAAUACAGCAAGUGGAACUUGCUUGGAUAGCGCAGCAGAUUCUGUGUGCAUCUCUUGUACCAAGGGCAUCCGUUCAGUCAGCAGAUGCGACCCGAAUAUUUUUUAAUACAAAAGGCCUCUAUGAAGGUGCUCUGAUACUGUGGAUUGGAUGCCAGCUUUGCCACUGGAAGUGUCACGAGAUAAAAUGUUGCUAUUCUCAAGGUUACCGUAUUUCUUUAUUUCGAAUGGAGAAGAGAAAUAUUUAAAGACAGUACCUGUGGGGCAUUUGUCAACAGCUGACACUAUAGGCAUUUAUUUUUGCAUUUUAUUAUGUCUGCUGUGUGUUUUGCUUUUUCCAGUAAUAGCCAGUGUUGCAUAGAUCAGCAGCAUGUAGAAAGGAGACUUUUUGCAAAAGAUGCAAGAAUGCUCUUACAAAAGACAACUAUCAGAAAGCAGCACCUGUUUUUGCUUGCGGGGCCUACCGCCCACUGGUCGUCCG